AUGUUGGCAGCAUCUACUCUAGGAUGCAUUCUCAGACGAUGCCUAUUUAGAGAUGGAAAAGGAGGAGUUCAUGUCUCUAAUUAUGGACAAGCUCGACUGGAAGGAAAUGUUUUCCGUGGGCUAAAUUAUGCCGUUCGGUGUAUUCAAAAUUCCACCAUUGUGAUGCUGAGGAACGAAGUGUGUGAAUGCCGUGCCUCUGGUGUCUUUCUGCGCCUUUCUGCUCAGGGUCUCAUUGCAGAAAAUAACAUUCACUCAAAUGGAGAGGCAGGACUAGACAUUAGAAAAGGGGCAAACCCGAUCAUUGUGUGUAACAGAAUACAUAGUGGCUUGCGUUCUGGUGUUGUGGUACUUGGAAAUGGAAAAGGAUCCAUACGUAACAAUCUAAUAUAUAACAACAAAGAGGCUGGUGUCUACAUACUCUUUAGUGGGAACCCAGUGGUUAGUGGGAAUCACAUUUUUCAGGGCCAGGCUGCAGGGAUUGCCAUUAAUGAAAAUGGAAGAGGGAUGAUAACAGAUAAUGUGAUCAGAGAGAACCAAUGGGGUGGUGUGGACAUUCGUCGAGGUGGAGACCCAAUUUUGAGAAAUAACUAUAUUUGCCAUGGUUAUUCAGAUGGUGUGGUGGUGGGAGAACGAGGUCGGGGACUAAUUGAAGGAAAUCAUGUUUACUCCAACAAAGGCUGUGGAGUGUGGGUUAUGUCAUCCAGCCUCCCACAGCUUUUAGGAAACUUCAUCACCCAUAAUUGCAUGUAUGGACUGGCGGUGUUUUGCCGAAAGGAUCCAGAGAACGUUGAAGUCAGAGAAGGAAGCUGGCCAGGGCAGGAUGGCAUGGGGGACGCAGGAGCUAACGGGGAGAGAAGAGAGGCAGAAGGACGCGAUGGCCAGGAAAACCUUAAUGACGAAGGGGAGUUGUUUGCAUGGGAAAGUGAUCUGGACAGUGAGGAUGAGCGGCACUCUGCCCGCCGCUCCAUCAGCGUGGCCUUAGUGGAGGGUAACUGUAUGAGCUACAAUGGAGCUGUUGGGCUUUAUGUGAAGAGCAGUGAACCGCUCAAUGCAAUUAGCAAUCUUGUGAAUUGUAACCACGGAACAGGCAUUACUGUUCAGCAAAGCUGUCAGCUUACUCGACUUGUUGCAAACUGCAUUUUGGGAAAUGGCAAAGGUGGCGUUGCAGUGGAGAAGGACAGUCGAGUGGAACUCAGAGGAAACGGCAUUUUUGAAAAUGGAGGUCAUGGGGUGGUUUUUUGCGGUAAUGGACAGAUAGUGGAGAAUGACGUGCUUGGAAACUAUGGAUAUGGAAUUCAGGUGUCUGGAAAUGCUGAUAUCAAGGUUUUGCGCAACCGUGUCCAACCAGCACAAGGCUGUGCCAUUGCUGUACUGGGAGACGUGAGAGGUGUUGUCCAUGAUAAUGUCAUAUUCCAGGGACACCCCGGAAACAAAAAAACUCUACUGUACAUGGAUCCAAGCAAUGAGACCUGUGUCUUACACAACAACAAUGUCUUGAAGCAUAAUAACUGCAAAACCUUUUCUGCUUGGACACUGGAAAAUCCUCCCCCUCGCCCACAAGCUUGUUCUCCAACUGGUUUAUCCCCAUCUCAAUAUCCUUCACGUCUUGGCAUUUCUAUGACCAACCGGAUCAGUGCCACAGUAGAGAACGGAUGCCACAGUGGUAGUAUGUUUUGCACGAUCUUGUGA